GAUGACACUGCACGCUGCCGACCCCAUUUGCUCCCGCUAGCUGUCAGACAAUGGCGACUUGUGCGGACUCUUUCUCUGUCCCUCCAUGCCCCUCCUCCGUGCAUUUGCGCCCUGCCCUGUCGUUGCAUUCACCGUUCCUCGCAUAGCCGCACAAAGGCCUUUAGUACCACAAUCCGCGGUCGGCCGGAGGUGACAGCGGCGCGCCAUGCCAGAGAAGCCUCUUACAAUAGCAACCUACGCCGCCGGAGCCUCUCUCGCUGCCAUCACCCUCGUCUACGUCUUUGGCCCGACCUUCUUCCUCGACGAUGACGCCUCCAGUACGCGCAAGAAGGGCGUAGUCGGGCUCACUAAUGCCGCCAACGACUGUUUCAUCAACUCCAUACUACAAGCCCUUGCGGGGCUACCGGACUUGCGCAUCUACCUGAUUCGGGAGACACAUCGCCGGAAGCUUGACGGCCCAGAGGUGUACGACGUCGAUACGGAGCGGCUGAGCCUGGAAAGCAGGCCUGUCAAGCCAUGGAAGCUGCAGGGGCUGCAGAAGGGCCUGGUCACAUAUGCUCUGAAGGAGAUAUUGGACAAGCUGAAUGAGAGGCCGAUAUACAGGAAGGCAAUCUCGCCGCAGCCAUUCAUUCGGGCGCUCGAACGCGCUUUUGGCACGCGCAUAAGCCGGCAGCAGCAAGAUGCGCAGGAGUUCCUCCAGAUCAUAACGGAGCGCUUAUGCGACGAGUAUCACGCAGGCACCAAGGCCAGGCGACGAGCGCAAACGCGAGGCAUCACCAUAGUCAACAGUGACACCGCUUCUGAGAGGCAAGAAAUUGCUGAGCAGUUCGGAAUCUCUGCCGCUAAGGCCUCAGCCAUAAGCAACGACGAGAAAGGAACAGAUGCCGUGGAACAUGAGUCGUCCCUAAGCGAGGACGGCUUCCCCUUCGAAGGCAAGAUCGAAUCGCAGAUCGAGUGUCUAACGUGCGGUUUCAAGCCAAAACCCACAGUAUCAACCUUCGUCACCCUGACGUUGAACGUGCCCCAGACCUCGUCGACCUCAUUGAACAGGUGUCUCGACGGCAUCUUUAAAGUGGAACAUAUCGAGGACUUCAAGUGCGAAUAUUGUCGGUUGGAAUAUGUGCUUCGAAGCAAGACUCAGGAGCUGGCACGCGCAUCCACCCCGGAACUGAAGGAACGACUACAGCGUGACAUUGACAAGAUUCGAGAAGCGCUUGAGCAUGAUCCUGAAAGGCCACCUGAGAACGUCGAACUCCCCGGUUCUAGCCUUGCUCCAAAACGUCGCAUUGCCCGUCACAUGUACAUUUCGUCGUUCCCGAAAGUGCUCGCAAUCCAUCUUUCACGGUCUGUGUUUGCGAUUGGAAGCGUUUCUACGAAAAACCUUGCUAAAGUCGCAUUUCCGGAGGCUCUACCUCUGGGCGGGCUCCUGAAUCGACAGAACUACCGACUGCUCGGUAUGGUAUCGCAUAAAGGGAGUCAUAACAGCGGCCAUUAUGAGUCUUUCCGCCGUCAAGUACAACCAAUGCCCUACUCUACUCCACACUCAUUCGGUACAGAGGGUGUGUAUAGCGUCCAAGCCAGCCCAAAUCCCUCCGCUGUCCAGAGUCCUCGAAUAUCCACCACGAACCUCACGAGCAUCAACGACCGGGCAUCGCCGAUACCGUCGACCUCAGCCCUUGACUCCCCUUCCUUAAGAUCACUCUCCUCUCAGUCAUCGAUGACCUCACGCGGACCCCCACCGACAUCAGCACCGCGGGAUGACGACUCUUUACGGCCGCCCGCCACUCCGCCAACUUCAACAUCACGCCCGAAGAGCCUGAGGUCACUGAAAGAAAAGGCGGCAUCCAUAACGGACGUAAACCCCCUGAAAAGGAAAUCGAAGCGAACAAGCAAUCGCUGGUGGCGUAUCAGCGAUGAUAAAAUAAAAGAAAGCAAGACCAGUGAGGUGCUCGGCAUGCAAAAGGAGGUCUACUUGCUUUUCUAUGAGUUAGAUAAGACGGAGCGAUUCUGACGGUUAGAUGCUCUUCUCUAAGUCAUAUGGAACGGCGUUGUUUGCAUAGCUAAAGGGUCGCCGGGAGGCUGUCCGGAAUCCUACUUUCAUGUUGAUAUUGACUUCCUUUCAUGUUAGAUAUUAGAUAGGCUAUCUUCCGAUUUAUAAGCAAUGAUAUGAUUGGUUGAUGGGUCCAUAUGAUAGAAACCCCACACUUCA